AAAAUUAAUUCAUUCACAUUCCUUCCCCCAAAGCGAAAAAGCAAAAGUAAACCCAAAUAUCUAAACAGAAAUCUUAUCUUUCUCUCUCAUUCUUCUCUCUCCCUCUUCUCUCCCCUCAGAACGCCUCACCAAAAAUGGCAUCAAUCCCAUGUACCAUCCAUCUCCACAUCCCAUCAUUAUCAUCUCCUUCAAUGGAGAGAACCCCCAGCCUGAGCUCCUCUCCCUUCUUGGCCUUCACGAGGAGGCUGAGCUGGCUGAGACCCACCAAGCUGGGCUCUAAAGUGGGACCCACAUCAGGUGGCUCAGGGUCUGGGUGCUCUGGAGCCAGGUGCUGGUUCAAGUUUGGGAGCAGUGGAGUUGAUGCUGAAGGUGCAGGGAUAAGCCAGUCGAGGGAUGACUUCGAUAGAGAUGAUGUUGAGCAGUACUUCAACUAUAUGGGAAUGCUCGCAGUUGAAGGUACAUAUGAUAAGAUGGAAGCGCUCUUGAAUCAAAAUAUUCACCCAGUAGAUAUCUUGUUGAUGUUAGCAGCAUCCGAAGGUGACAAACCAAAAAUCGAAGAGCUUCUGAGAGCGGGUGCAAAUUACGAUGUCAAAGACGCAGAUGGAAGAACAGCUCUAGAUAGAGCAUCCAGUGAAGAGAUCAAAGAAUUCAUUGUUGAGUUCUCUGUACAAAAAGCUUGAUAACAUCUGAUAUGAUUCAUGUUGAUUCCAGUCUUGUUUUUUCUUGUGAAUUCAGCUUUUGUAAUUUCUUGUGAAUUCAGCUUUUGUAAAAUUAUGUCCAACCUUUUUGCAGAGUAGUAACUGUCCGUGAAUUUGGCUUAUGCAGAAUGAACAAACAACAUCUUUGCAUCA